AUGAAUAAGCUUUUAAAAAGUGUCCGUUCUGUAACUAAUAAUAAAGAUGAAAUACUUAAAAAAUCAAUUAUUAGUCAGUUGUCAGAUAGUUGCAAAGAGAUACAUUAUACCAAUGUUGAGGAAAAUAAAUCUCCUAACAAUGCAGAGGUUUCUAUAACUGAAGCAGCCAACACCUUGUGUUCUACUAUUGAGGCUCUCUUUCUGCAUGGCUUGAGAGAUACCCUAACUCAUAGGUUUAAAAAGGCUCUAGCAGAUCUUGAUGAACAACCAGAUCCCAGCUUUUGGUCACCUUUAUUAGUAAUUUCUCAUCGUCAAAUCAUAGACCAGAUAACAAAUUUAUCUCAAAUAACAACGGAAGUAGGACAGUGCAGAGCAUGGAUACGUCUAGCUUUAAAUGACUGUCUUCUUUCCUCAUAUUUAAUGACAAUUAGACAAGAUUCUUUCUCAUUAAAGUCAUAUUACAGAGUGAAUGCAUUUCUUCGAGAUGGAGAAUUGCUGGAUGUAGCACAAAGGCUAAUUGAAGGAGUGGAGGCCUUUAAAACAUUUACCCUGCCUUUUAAUUCAAGUUUACUUAAUACCUGGCCUUUACCUAGUUUAAUUUUGGCUGGAAUUUGGGCUCCUACUCUAAAAUCUUGCCCUGUUGCUCCCUGUGAUGAUGUAGCCCAGGCUAUUACAGAGUCUACAAAGUCUACUAAUUUUGAAAAUAGUUCUGAUACUGCUUCAGUUUGUUCAGGAUUAUCUUUUAACUCUCAAUCUUCAGGGUUAAGACAAAUUGUUGCUCUAACUGAAGAUGAAGUUUUAAAAAUAAUCCUAGCGAAAGAUAAGGAUAAAAUAACUAUUAAUUCCCAAUCAAUAGAUGAUAUUAAGUCUUCGUGUAGCUCCGAUCAAGAGAGGAGCAAUGAUUUUGAUGUGAACUAUUGUGUAGGAAAUUCUUUAAAUAAACGGACUGGGUGGUCUUUUGACGAAAGUCAGAUUAAUGAAAAUGGGGAAGAUAAAGUACCUGACAAUGAAGUCAAGGAGAAUGAAAAUGAAUUGAAAUCAAUGGAUACUAGCUUCAAUGCUUUGAUUGAAAGUUACAAUUUGCUUAGUGGGGCUUUUAUUAAAACCCCAGAUAUAAGAGAGGUCUGGCAGAAGUUUGAAGAUGAAAGAAAAGAAACAAAGGUGAUUAAGGCAGAGCAACAGGAAUCCAUCAUAGUGGUGGCAGGUUCACCUAAAACAGAAGCUAGUAUGGCCGCGCAGGUUGGAAAAAUAGCAAGAGAAAAAGGCCUGGAUGCCCAGAAUUAUGAAUGUGUGGAUUGCAAACAAUCUUUAGGAAUAGAUAAUAAACCAAAAGUUUGUGCCUUCACUGGUGAUUAUUUUUGUGAUAAUUGUAUGAAUGCAGACUAUGUUCAAAUACCUGCUAGAAUUAUUCAUAAUUGGGACUUUAAGGCAUAUCCAAUAUCUCGAAGAGCGAUUAAUUACCUAAAUGAGGUCAAAGAUCAUCCUGUUAUUGACUUUAAGGUCUUAAAUCCUCAUAUAUACUCAGUAGUUGAAGAAAUGGCGCAGCUACAGAUGUUAAGAAAUCAACUUAAUUUUCUGAGAGCGUAUCUAUUCACUUGUAGAGAACCCAUCAUUGAGGAACUUCAGAAGCAAAUGUGGCCUAGAGAGUACAUGUAUGAGCAUAUACACCAGUAUUCCAUUCUGGAUCUUUCUGAUGUCAUGAAUGGAUUGCUGGCACAACAACUGGAAAAAGUAGUUAUUUUUGGGAAGGAACAUGUCUACAGUUGCUGGCUGUGCAGUCAAAAGGGAUUUGUUUGUGAGGUAUGUAAUAAGCCGAAGCUGUUGUUCCCUUUUGAAACAGAUCACGUUUACCGCUGUGAUGAUUGUAGCGGUGUGUAUCAUAAAUCUUGUUUGAACUCUUCAAAACCAUGUCCAAAAUGUAAGAGAAGAAAAAAACGGGAAGAGUUACCCCUUCUUGGUGCUAUUACGAUUGAUUAAGUAUUUCAUGUUACAUUAUGUUAAAAAGCUUUUGUUAAAUAAAUUUUUACUACUUG